AUGCGUAUCUCCGCAUCUCUCGGGGUCCUUGUGGCCACCGGCCUUUUGGGCCGCUCUGCCUCUCAGGCAACUGACUACGGUAACACCAAUGGCAGCCCCAUCGGCAACCAGCCCGACGGCUCUGGCAAUGGCAUCCCUGGCAACAAUGGGGGAGUGCCCAACACCUUGCCUUACCCAAGUAACACUGCGGGAUCUAUCCCUGGCUCGGUUCCCAGUGGUGUUGGCCCCGUCGGCCCCGUCUUUCCCGGCGAUGACUCCAAUGGUCUUCCUCCUUCUGGACCUGUUGGUAAUCCUGCCUCUCCCGGUGGUGGUUCCAACGGCCCCUAUCCUAGCGGCCUCCCCCCCAAUGGACCUGUUGGCGGUCCUGCCUCUCCCGGUGGCAGCUCCAGCGGCUCCUAUCCCAACGGCCCCGGCAGCAUUCCCGGUAACUUUCCCAGCUCUGGCUCUCCAGACGAUGGCUCCAAUGGUCUUCCUCCUACUGGACCCGUUGGCGGUCCCGUUUCUCCUGGUGGCAGCUCCAACGGUGGCAGCUCCAACAGUCCCUAUCCCAGCGGCCUCCCCUCCAACGGACCUGCUGGCGGUCCUGGAAAUCUUCCUGAACCUAUUCCCGGGAGCUCUUCAAGCAACGGCCCUGGCAAUGCUCCAGGUAGCAUCCCAGGUGCUGGAUCUGUGAUCAUUCCUGGCAGUUUCCCCACCAACAUCCCCCAAAACGUGCCCGGCUCUCCUGAGUCCACCCCAUCUGGUGUCUCUGAUAUCCCUACCUGCCCCCUCCGCUCUACCAAGACUGUUGUUGUCACUAUUUACCCCACGGAUAGUCAGAGCGAGUCUGGCUUUCACUGGCCCGAUGAUUCAGAUUCCGAUGGAUCCUAUACCCCAACACCUAUGCCUACCAAGCCUCCCGGAUUUACUUCAUUGCCCUGGAACUCCGGUGUGCCCAUCUUCACGACCCUAACACUUGAUAUCUGGGGUCCUGGUGGCAUCCCUUCCGGUUCUGGCUCAGGCAACAACGGCGACACAGGUACCAGCAAUGGAAACCAGUCUAAUGAUGGCACCAGCCCUAGUGAUGGCAGCAGUCCUGGAGAUGGCUCUGGCAACAACGAUGGGACCAAUUCGAACAGUGGCAACGGCUCUGACUCCGAUGGCGAGGGCGAUUCUCACAGCAACCCUGACUCUCCUUUCUUUCCUCCAACUUCUGGCCCCACUGGUGCUCCUCAGUACUCUGACAGCGCUUCCGACGGCUCAUCCGCUGGAAAUACUGGAGCCUCGGGAAUCAACACACUGGCACCCACCCCUCUCCAAACACCCGGCUUUCCCAACGGAGGCAUUCCUGGCAACCAGCCCCAGUUUCCCUCCACAGGUCCUGCCCAAGAAGCCAGCGAUAGCCUUCCAGCCACCACCCAAGCUGGUCCUGAAGGUCAAGACGGGACUUCUCCUUGGUUCACUAACAUUCCUGGUGGAAAUGGUGCUGGUCAGCCAUCGCCCUCAUAUGUCACCAUCAUUGGCCAAGAUGGACUUCCCACUGUCAUCAGCAGUGGUGGAAAUGUGGUCUCAGGUAAUGCUCAGCCGUCAGCGGCACCAGGAUCCCCCCAGAAUGGCAACAACCCAGAACUCCCCGGCGGGGUAUCUUCAGGUUUUCCCAUCCCUCCUCCGGUGUUCACUGGUAUUCCAGGAUCUCAGAACCCUUCCAACUCUCCCGCUGGAUCCCUACCUGGCAGUGGACCUGAUGUAGGUGUCACAACCUGCGCAACAUUCACCAUCACUGGCUCCGAUGGUCUUCCCACCGUCGUGGACUCAACCUGGGUUGUCCCUCUCAGCACACCUUCUUUCGAAGAAUCAUCCCAACUCUCUGCCACUUUUGACCCCCAAGCCCCACUAUCUACCAUUUCGUCUGAGCUUGGUCUUCCUACCUUUCCAGUUACUGCAUCUGGGUCACCCGAAGAUGGACCCGGAGGUGCGGUUACAAUCACAAGCACAAGUUUCACAAUGAUUGGUAUCGAUGGUAAUCCUACUGUGGUGUACACUACUUGGAACAUCCCAGCUGCCACCGCUUCAUCCGGAGACCCUGGUGAUGCUUCGGCCCCUGCCUUUUCUGGGGACUUCGUGACUAUCACCGCGCUUCCUCCCGUUGGUUCCUCCGGUCUUGGUGGCGAAAUGGGCACUGCUCCUGGCCCAGAUGAUGCCUCCCAAGUUACAACUUGCACCACUUACACUGUUAUUGGCGCUGAUGGUCUCCCUACUGUCAUUGAUUCUACAUUUGUUAUUUCUGGUCCAGUAAACACUGGUGUUACCAUCGGCGGUGACCCUGAUCUUCCUUCAGGGGCCUCCGGGGCUCUUCCCAAUGGCGUCACAUCACCUGCUACUUUCCAAGUCACAAACACCCCCGAGAUCUCUUCACCUAUCUCCGGUGCUGUCACUGGAUCUGGAGGAUUCGGCAGUCAAGACACCACAACCUGCACAAGUUACACCAUGAUUGGCUCAGACGGUCUCCCAACUGUUGUCGACACAACUUGGGUUAUACCCGGAUCUAUCAAUACACUGUCCGAACUACCAGCCAACCCAUCAUUUGUCUCUGACUCGCUUCCAUCUGGCCUGCCUAGUGGCGUUACUGGCCCAUUGACCUCUGUAGGCAAUCCAUCCAACGGUAACCAGGGAAACAUGCCUGGCAUCACCACCUGCAUCACAUACACUACGAUUGGACAAGAUGGCCUCCCAACCGUCGUUGACACAACAUUUGUGAUUCCCGUGGCUACUGAAGCGCCUUCUGGAACAGACCUGUCAGUCACGACCGCCAAUGGCGGCGGCCAGAUUGGUUCGUCACCCAACCCUAGUGGAGCUUACACUACCACCACGACAGCUGCGAUCCUGGGCCCGGAUGGCAACCCAACACCAACAGUGCAGACUAUUGUUUUCAGCGACUCUUCCGCCCUCGGAGUUUCAGCCAGUGCUCCCCAGGGUGCAACCUCAGGCGUUACACUCUCAGGCAUUUCUGGACCCCUAUUCACCUCCGGAGACUGGACUACUCUUUCCACAGACACCCCGAGCCUCAAUGGAUACGACGAUGGUAUCCCCGAUGCUUCCAUGUCAGCUAUACUUACCGAUGGUAGUGCCGCUGCAGAAGGUACAUCCGUGAUUGGUACAACCACUGGAACCCUCACUUGGACUGUUACCUCCAUAACCAACCCUCCUGGUGCCCCUAUCUUCUCAGAUGGCGCUGCUCAGCCUCCAUUUGUGUCCAACCCUUCAGAUGGUGCCCCUGAUGGCCAGGCUCAGCCCGCCUAUGGAUCCCUUGCCACUGAAAGUACUCUGUGGCCUCUUUCUGCUGUUCAGACCUCCACCUGGACCAACAUCAUCAAGGCCGAGACCACCUCUUAUACAUUCAACUACCCUCUUACUACCCUCGCCACCGUCAACGUACCCAUGAGGCGGCUUGCUCGUCGCCAGGCCAUGACUGCCUGGUCGAACUCAACCACUUCUUUGUCGAGUGCAACAUCCGUAUCCGCAUCCACGACCACAAUCUCAGAUGCCAGCUCUCCCACUGUUUGUCCUGAUGGUGGAAGCAUUGGUAACACUACAAUUGAUUUCGACAACUCCAAGCCUGGACCGCUCUUCAACCCGGUUGAGAACAUUUGGUUCUCUGGUGGCUUCCUUAUUGCACCCCCAACUUCAAAACAGCCCCAGCCAUAUAUCCCCUCCUCUGGCGGUCAGCUCGUGGAGUUCGUCCCUCCCGCUCUUUCGAAUACUACAACUACGAUCUCAGGAGACGUAGCUCAGAUUGGUGUAGGACCUCAUGCCGCCAGUCCCUGUUUCCGCUUCGACUUCUUUGGUGCGAACCUUGGAUGCGAUGCCCGCGGAGACGAAAAGUGGUGUGAGUUUGAUAUCUCAGCCUACCGCUGGAACGAGACUUCAUCCACCGAAGAAUCGAUCGCUUGGUCGGAAACCAAGCAAGUCCCUGCUUGUCCCAAGUUCUCUGAGGGCGGUUACCAGCUGACCCGAGUUGACCUGGAUGGGUACAAGGACCUCUCAUCAAUCCUGAUCACGUUGCGUGUCUCGUCAAACCUUCGAGUCUGGUGGGGAGAUGAUUUCCGUGUUGGUUGGAGCGACAACAGCUGUAUCGCUGCAUCUUGCCGCGCAAAUGCGCCCUCUCAGGUCGUCAAACGAGAGACUGUUAUUUCAGCUCUACGACAAGGUGUCUACCGAUGGACACCGUAUGAGCUCAAGCGAUUUGACGACAGUCUGGUGUGGGAGUCUGCCAACUGA